GAACAUAUUCAAACACACAAUCACACAACACAUACUAUGUACAAUUGUACACCGGAUUUUAAGUUGAAACAUUGUUUCCGAAUCACUUUUGAUUUUGUUAUAAAAGAAAUCGAGAAAAAAUCGCCAUUUAAAAGCAGCGAUAACAGGAAACACCGACGAAACCCACUAUAUAACAGGAUACGAAAAAAAUUGAAAAUAAAAGUUAAGCGGAAAAUGCGAAAAUCAAAAAUGGUAAAAAAAGGUAAAGGAGCGAGACUUAGCUCCAAUCCAAUAGAUAUGGAAAGGAUUAAUCAUGAUGAAACAGAAAAAAAAUCACUUUCUCACUCUGGUGUCUCAACUCAAAAAGAUAAAUAUAACUUAGAUGAUACCCCUAGUUGCCUAAACUAUUUUAGUACCAACACCAGAACGAUGAUGUGCGAAUUCUAUAAACAACUUCCGUUCGAGGUUCCCGCUGAAUUCCACACAUUCUUACAAAAUUUACUGUGGUCUCGAAUUGAACAUAGAUUGAAGAAUCAAUUGACUGAAUCGAUUGAACUGAAUGCCAUCGAUAAGUUGAUACAAGUUUUGCUAACGCCCGAUAUUGCUCGAAAAGAAGUAUUAACUUCUUUUCGAAAUUAUUGUAACUCACACAUCAAUCAGGCUGACAAUUCUGCUGAAAACUUUUCAUUAUAUUCACCUGAUAGUCAUAGUACAAUUAUUGAUGCUUUAGAAAAAUUAGAAACACCCAUGGAAACACCGCAUUAUUUAAAUUUCGAACUGCAGCUAAUAAUUGGCAUGAUUAACGUGGCAGAAGACGGUGACAGACGAAUUGAUACAUUUGAAAAAAUAUUGUAUUUGACUAUGGAAUAUGUUGAAUCGCUCAAGAAUUAUAAAGAUAAGAUCCGUAAGGAGCUAGAAACAGUAGCGAUCAAAGAUAACAGUGAUUUUGCGUUAAAUGCAUUUAUAAAUUGCAUAAAAUAUCGUUCGAAAAUACUUUCAUGGGUAUCGACAUUCCAACGUAACAUUGACAAACUCAUUGAAGAUGCACAUCGAAUGAUACCUAACUGAUCUGUCGCUCACAGUUACAACAGCCAAGAGACAAUGUAAUAAACAGCAGGGCGGAGCCAAUUGACAAUGGAACAGAAGUCGAUGACAAUUCUUUCCAAUCAACAUGUGAUAUUUCGCUGAUUUUAUUUAAAAGAUAUCUGUAAACAAAUCAACAUUAAAGUGACAAAUACGCUAUAGCGUAUCUAUAGAUUGUAAAUAAGAAAAAAAUUCAAAAUCUUCUAACACCAAAACGAUUCUUUAAAAAACAUAAAAAUGAGCAUAAUAAGUUUGUAAAUUCCAAAAACACGAAAA